GAGAAAGAGAGAGUGAAUGAUGGAGAGAGUGAGAGAGGGAAUGCGAGGCAGACCGAGGAACUAAAAGAAUGAGGCAGAUGCGGACCUUUAAGAGACAAGUACAGAGAAGAUUGCGUGUGGAGGUGGAGAUAAACUAGUUUGAGUCCUGAGCACCACAGGAUGUCAGGGACAGGGGCGAGCGUGAGCCAAGGACCGAUCGGCUCAGUGUGGAAGUGUGGAUCCUGAACGUGCUGGAUUAUCAGAUCUGCUGCUCUCUCCAGCAAUGGAAAUAUUCCACAAUUAGCUCUCAGCUGAUUUUUUUCAGUACUGAAACUUCUCAUGACGUGAAUCCGACUUUCGGCACUGGAAUCGGGAGCUGCGUUUUCAAGCUGCCCCAGCAGCCAGUCAAAAAUGUUCUCCCGCAGCCGUUGCAAUGGCCAGGGUGGAACGGGGGUCGCGCAGCACGGUCGGCCCAAGAAUAAGAGGAGACAGCCCAACCCCAGGGUUGCCCUGGUCCUGCGUGGGAAGAUCCAUCGCUUCCUCCAGGGCCCUGCUGACUGCUCUGCCCAGGCUAUGGGCAUCUACUAUGCGGGGAUUGAGGAGGAGGAUGAAGGAGAGACAGAAGAUGUGGACCAGGUGCAGGAGUGCCCCAGGAGGAGAACAGCUCCGGCUGAAACCUGCCAGCCUUCCCAGAUGGCAAACGGGCAAGGACAGGAUUCUGGUGCGUGUUGCGUCGGAGAGGUCGUGCUGAACCGAGAGGGUGGUGUCAGGAUCCCCUGUACUCUACAACCCAGCAAGCCAGUAGAGUUACAGGGGAGCCCAGAUCUCAGUGGGUCUGGGUUAGCUUUCGGCAGGGGACCGACUGAUGAGCCGUCCAUGUGUCAGAAGGAUUCUCUGCUUUAUCAGUCGAACACGGCUAUGCAGGAAAAGAUUGAGGAGGAAACGGAUCAAGAAGAAGAGCCAAGUGCCAUUAUUGAGCACAUACUGAAGGAAUUAAGAGGAAUCAAUAAAAUCCAGGAGGAAAUUUCCGACCUGAGGAAGUAUCUGUCUUCUGUUCAUGGGUCCGUUGAAGAGGUGUCCAGCUGUGUGGAUGCAGUUUUAAUGGAGAUCGAAGGCAUUCGCUCAGGUGCCAGGUCAGGUCCAGAGACAGGGUCUGGGGCUGUGUCCACAGACGGAUCUUCCCUCCAUUAUGGAUCUGAGAGUCCCCUCUGUAAGGGCUAUGGCAAGGUCCAUGGUGGCACGCGACCAGGGUGUGAAGAGUUUGAUGAGAAAUGCAAAUCCUCCUGUGCCCAGCAGUCAGAAUUCAGAGCUAAAAAACAGUCUGGUAGGGCUCCAUCUAAUUUCUCAAGCGCUGAUGGUAGCAUCCACAGUUUAUUCGAAGACGAUACUUCUAAAAAGAGAUCGGACACGUCCCCAGAUUCAGGGAGAAGGAAGCUUAGCUUACUUGAGCCCCAAGAUGGGAAGGAUUGUCCGACUACUAGCUCCCUUUCCUCUGGCCAAAGCCGCAAGUCUGCAUCUGAUCAAGAGAGACCCUCCUCUGGGCUGGUUCUCCCCAACAGAGAUUGGCAGAACUGGGACCAGACAGGGCUGGGACAGAGUGGGAGUAGGGAGAUGAGAUGGAGUGAAGAGGAUCCAUACUCCAGACAAGGAAGUUGCGCUGUAGACACCUGGGGCUCUUCAAGGAAUGAGGGUGCUGGUAUUGCACUGGAAGAAUCCACUGGUGCCUGCUCACAGCACAUUUCCAUGUCAUCCAGUCAUCACUACAAAUCUUCUGUUAGCACACGCAGGGAAGAGUGGCUUGGACAUGGAAAUAGUCCACAUACAUGCAAGAUGGAUGUGCAUUCUGAGGGAAAGGAACCCAGUGAAUUUGUGAGUGUUUGUGACUGUUCUCAGUGUUCAGCAGAGGGAGAGCCCUGUGGGACUUCUCUGAGACUGUGUCAUAACUUUGCUGGUGUAGACUCUGGUUCUUCUUCCUCCAAUGAAAACUACAAACAUUUCACUUUGAACGGGAAGUCUUUAGAUGGUGGUGUUGGUCCAGCUAGUACUGCACCCAUAGCUAGCAGGACCUGGAAUGCUGGGUACCCAGCCUGCUCUGGUCUGUACACCACCGAACAGGAGUCAAACAAUGUGGGAUUCAACGUUUUGAGGUUUGGUAGGGCAGUGCUGGAUUUCAAAAGUACCCUAAAGGGGGCACUAAAGAAGCUGGAGGCAACUGGGGCAACAUCACCAGUGGAAAAAGCUGACUCUUACCCACCCAUGUCCCACUGUAGGGAGGUUCAGUUAGACUCUACUGAUAGUGAGACACCUAGCCAGGAAGUACCUCAGACAGAAAUGCCUUACGUAGAGACUCUUCAAACUGAAAUUGCAGUCAACACUUCCGAGGAGUCUCAAGUCAACGACACUGAAACUGGACAUCUGGAGCCAAAGGAAAGCAUUUCUUCAUCAAACCAUUGCAAUACUGUGCCUAAGCCAGUAGAUGGCAGUUUAAAAACUUCUCUGCAGAAUAGUGAACCUUUGGGAACAAGUCUUUGUUCUGAACUGGGAGCCUCCAGGGACACAACAUUGCAUGCCACUGAUGUUACCCUGCCAGGAUCGACCUGGGUCUCCAUCUCUGCUGAAGAGCUGGUACCCCAGGUGGAGCAGAGAGAAACAUCAGGGGAUCCUAUAGCUGAAGAACAGCCCCAAACAGAUCUCCCUGCAGAGGCGGAAGGAGAUGAAGGAGAUCAACCCCUGGAGCUUAGUGAGCAAGACGCUCUGAGGCUGAAGUGUAUGAAGAGCUUUCAGCAGAUCCUUAGGGAGAAGAGAGGGAGCAGAAGAACUGUCGGCAUGGUGACCCUUUUCACGUUCUCUCAAGAUGACUUCAACACAGAUGGCAGUCAGGAUGAAGAUCAGGUCCAGACUAGCGAUGGAGACCCCAGCCCACAGUCCCUGACCAAGCCUGACAAUGCCAUGGGUAUCUUUGGGAUUGACAGCAUGCCUGAUCUCCGGAGGAGAAAGCCGUUUCCUUUGGUUAGUGAAGUGGCUAUGUCCCUGGUGCAGUCCAGGAAAGCUGGCGUUUCCUCUGCGCUGGCUUCAAGGCCCUCACUCAAAGACGAGGAGCUGAAGAGCCAUGUGUAUAAGAAGACCCUCCAGGCUCUGAUCUACCCAAUCUCCUGCACCACGCCACACAACUUCGAGGUGUGGACGGCCACCACGCCAACCUACUGCUACGACUGCGAGGGGCUGCUGUGGGGCAUUGCCCGACAGGGCAUGCGCUGCUCCGAGUGCGGGGUCAAAUGCCACGAGAAGUGCCAGGACCUGCUCAACGCCGACUGCUUGCAGAGAGCUGCAGAGAAGAGCAGUAAGACUGGAUCGGAGGACCGCACCCAGCACAUCAUCUCUGCCAUGAAGGACCGAAUGAAGAUCCGGGAGAGGAACAAGCCAGAGAUCUUCGAGGUGAUCCGGAGCGUCUUCGGCGUGUCCAAGCUGAGCCACGCACAGCAGAUGAAGACUGUCAAACAGGCUGUCCUGGACGGGACCUCCAAAUGGUCUGCCAAGAUCUCCAUUACAGUACUGAGUGCACAGGGUCUGCAGGCUAAGGACCGCACUGGCUCCAGUGACCCGUACGUGACGGUGCAGGUGGGAAAGACGAAGAAGAGGACGAAGACCAUCUAUGGCAAUCUGAACCCCGUCUGGGAGGAGACCUUCAACUUUGAGUGCCACAACUCGUCGGACCGCGUCAAGGUGCGCGUGUGGGAUGAGGACGAUGAUAUUAAGUCGCGUGUGAAGCAGAGGCUGAAGAGGGAGUCAGACGACUUCCUGGGUCAAAGCAUCAUCGAGGUCCGGACCCUCAGUGGAGAGAUGGAUGUCUGGUACAACCUGGAGAAGCGUACUGAUAGGUCAGCUGUGUCAGGAGCCAUAAGACUUCAGAUCAGUGUGGAGAUCAAAGGAGAGGAGAAAGUAGCACCUUACCACCUACAAUACACUUGCCUGCAUGAGAAUAUCUUCCACUGCAUGAUGGACAUGGAGGACCAGGGUGUUUUCAAGCUGCCUGUGGUGAGUGGUGACAACGCUUGGAUGGUUUACUUUGAGGAGGUGGAGCAGGAGAUAGUGGACGAGUUCGCCAUCCGCUAUGGAGUAGAAUCCAUCUACCAGGCCAUGACACACUUUGCCUGCCUCUCCUCUAAGUACAUGUUGUCCGGUGUUCCGGCUGUUAUGAGCACUCUCCUGGCCAACAUCAACGCAUUCUUUGCCCAUCCCACCUCCACCACCAGCGUGUCCGCUGGCGAUCGCUUCGCCGCCUCCAACUUUGGGAGAGAGCGAUUCAUCAGGUUGCUUGACCAGCUGCACAACUCCUUGCGCAUCGACCUCUCCACCUACCGGAAUAACUUCCCUGCCAGCAGUCCAGACCGGCUGGCAGACCUGAAGUCAACCGUAGACCUACUGACCAGCAUCACCUUCUUCAGAAUGAAGGUGCAGGAGUUGCAGGCACCGCCCCGUGCAUCUGUUGUCGUGAAAGACUGUGUGAAGGCAUGUCUCAACUCAACAUACGAGUACAUCUUCAACAACUGCCAAGACCUCUAUAGCAGGCAGUUCCAGCCCACCGUUGAAGCUGACAAGGGGAGGAAGAUGCAGGGACAGGGGGCUGAUGAAGAGGAGGGUAAGGAGGCGGAGCCCGGAGCAGCAGAAGAGGCGGGGCCUUGUAUAAUGAACCUGGAUUUCUGGACCAAGCUCAUCACUCUCAUAGUGUCCAUCAUCGAGGAGGACAGGAACUCAUACACACCCGUUAUAAACCAGUUCCCUCAGGAGCUGAACGUGGGAAAAGUCAGUGCUGAGGUCAUGUGGACACUCUUUUCUCAGGACAUGAAGUACGCUCUAGAAGAACAUGAAAAACACAAGCUAUGCAAGAGUUCAGAUUAUAUGAACCUUCACUUCAAAGUGAAGUGGCUUUACAAUGAGUAUGUCAAGGACUUACCUGACUUCACAGACACUGUCCCCGUAUACCCAUCGUGGUUUCUGCAGUUUGUUCUGCAGUGGUUGGCUGAGAAUGAGGAAGUGUCCAUGGAGUUUAUGCGUGGAGCACUAGAGAGGGAUAAGAGAGAGGGGUUCCAGCAGACGUCCGAGCACGCUCUGUUCUCCUGCUCUGUGGUGGACAUCUUCACGCAGCUCAACCAGAGUUCCGAGAUCAUCAGGAAGUUGGAGUGUCCUGACCCCGAUAUCGUGGCCCAGUAUAACCGCCGCUUUGCUAAGACGAUCACCAUGGCGCUGCUGGAAUACUGCUCCAUCCUGGACAAGAGCUUCAGCUCCUACUGUCAGAAGGAGAAGAUCAUGAGUGGCUCCAGAGGAGCAACGCAAGCACAUGCAGUGACAACACAGCCCUGUGUGCUCAUGAAUAAUGUGCAGCAGAUACGAGUGAUGCUGGAGAAGAUGUUCGAGGUCAUGGGAGCCAAGCAGUUGGACUCCGAAGCAGCCGAAAUCCUAAAUGAUCUUCAGGUUAAACUCAACACCGUCCUGGAUAACCUGAGCGCCAUUUUUGCUAAGAGUUUCCAGGCUCGUGUAGAAGUAUGUGUGCAUCAGGUAGGGGAGCUCCUCUGUCAGAUGAAGGGUCCUCUGACCCAGAACACCCGCGACAGUGCUGAGGCGGAUGCCGUCACGGCCCUGCGCCCCCUAAUGGAGUUCCUCGACUCCAAUUUGAGUAUCUUUGCAGACCUGUGUGAGAAGUCUGUACUGAAGAGGGUUCUGAAGGACCUGUGGAGGAAUGUUCUCAUCAGCAUGGAGAGAACCAUCAUACUACCAGAGUGCAGCGAGAGCAUUGGGGUUCAGCUUCUUUCUGCUGCCAAGGAGCUCUCUAAACUGAAGGGAGGGGGCGAGGCUAAGAGUCUGUCUCCAAGGCAGUGUGCCAUUAUGGAGGUGGCACUGGAAACCAUCAAGCAAUUUUUCCAUGCUGGGGGCGAUGGCUUAAAGAAGUCAUACCUGGAGAAGAGUGCAGAGCUGUCCUCUCUUCACUACACGCUCUGUCUCUACACACAGACCACCGACGCCCUCAUCAGGACCUUCAUAAGCACACAGCACAGACAGGUGCAUAAUGGUACGGGAAUGAGGAUCACUCCUAAAGAGAGCCUUCGACCCGACAGAGGCUCUGGAGUGGAGCAGCCCAUAGGUGAAGCUGUGAUCCAGGUGGAAGUGGCGCCCCCUGUUGCCAACACCGAGCAAAAGGUCACCGUUAAAGUGAUUGCGGUGAACGACAUGCAGUGGCAGACCUCUGGACUCUUCCGGCCCUUCGUGGACGUUAACUUGGUUGGCCCGCUGCUCGGCGACAAAAAACGCAAGUUCACAACCAAAUCCAAAAGCAACACUUGGACGGCCAAGUACAACGAGGCCUUUCACUUUGUUCUUGGUAAAGGUCAGAGCGCUGACUGCUAUGAGGUCCAGGUGACGGUAAAGGACUACUGCUUCGGCCGGGCGGACCGGGUGGUGGGCGUGGCCACGGUGCAGCUGCGUGACGUAGCGGAGAGGCUGAGCUGUGUUUGCUGGUGCCCGCUGGGCCCACAAAUCAGCAUGGACCAGACAGGAAGCACCAUCCUGCGCAUUCUCGCCCAGAGGCCCGCUGACGACCUCGCCAAGGAGUUCAUCAGACUGAAGUCUGAGAGCAGACCAGUGUUGGAGGGGAGAUAAGGGUGGUGGAGAGAGAGAGAGAGAGAGAGAGAGAGAGAGAGGAAUAGAGAGCAAAAUGCAGAAAGAAUAAACUGAAAUGAGAGCUUGGACAGGGAGUGACAAAGAAAACAGAGAAAAUCAGUGACUGGAAAGAGGGAGAAGCUGGGAGAGGAGUGAACCACCACCCCAUCCUGACUGCUGUCUCACUGCUGCCACCUUCUGGAUGGAACUUGAAAAGCAGGACUGAAUGCAAGAGACUUAAAUCCGCUCGCCACUACCCAGAAUCCUGUAAUAGCACUGGUGAGCAGUGGAAACUCUGAAUGACAAACAGGAUAGGUUUGCCUGAAGCUUGUUUUAACGCAUUUCUGAGCGAAAGAGGGUGAUAAGUGGAUAAGUGUUUGUAGAUAUGAGUGUGUGUGUGCGUGCGCGCGUGUGUCAGCCCUUACAUAAGCAGGACACACUGAACAUGUGGUUUCUUCUUUCUACUCUGUGUGUCCUCUUGGCAGCCUUAAAAGGGCGGGAUUCUAUUACGGGAGGCGGAGCUUCUAUUCCACCAUUGUAUGUAGUCUUGCCUUGCUUUGAUUGACAGCCAAAGAACUCCCCAUCCCCCACCAGUUAAGAUAAAGAUCCCUCCCCCUAAAUUAAUGCUUUAUCUCCACAUCUAGAUCAAGUCAAUAAAAGAGCUGAAGAUCAAAUGACCAGCGACUGCUGAUUGGACGCCCGUGCCACAUGGUGUGAGUGGGCGGAGACUCUGGAGACUGCGGGGGGAGGGGCAGCAGAACUGUAGCUCUUUAGGGGAUGUGGCCAUAUCUCCCCUGGUCUCCUGCAGUGCUUUAGUUCUGACAGAUGCUUGCGGUGGUCACCCUCACAAACUCACAAACACACACCAAACCAAAUCUCACUUACGACCAAACAACCAAAUCACUUGUGCUCACCUCAGUAGUGCUUUGUUUUUGUUUUAAACAUUUCUCUUUGUUUCUCACACACACACACACACACACACACA